AUGAAUCUUCUGAUCCUGAUCUUCACUGUGGUAGUUGGUGCUGUUGCCAAGCCCCAAGGAUACCAUUUAAAUCCACCUUCCGGACCAUCUUUACUAACACAAAGAUGCAGCAGCGGACAGGUGUUACAUGUGGACGGUAGAUGCGUAACUCCAAGAGUCAACCGUCGUGUAUUCUUGUAUGACGUGCCAAAAACUCCCACGCCAGUGAGUCCUCCACCUUUCAUCCCUGCACCAACCGUGGAGACUAACCUGUUGUUUAUCCGAACCCCUGAAGGAGGACAAGGGCCAGAUCCCAUUGUUGUACCUCCUCCGCAGCAGGAACACGUCGUGUACAUCCUCAAUAAACAGUCUGAAGAAGGUCAAAAGGUGAUCGAAGUUCCAGCCCCACCACCUUCCGAUCCAGAAGUUUACUUCGUUAACUACGCUGAAGGAGAGAAUCCAACUCUUCCAAGCGGAGUGGAUCUGCAGACCGCCUUGGAUGCGGCUUCGGCUGGCAGUGGUCAGGUUGUUGGAAAUUCUGCAGGCUUCGGAAACGUUGCGGCUGGGAUAAAUGGUGGUUUCGGUAGCAGCAAUGGUUUCGGAGUCAACAGUGGUUUGGGAAUCACCAGUAGUUUGGGAAGUAGUAAUGGUUUUGGAACCAGUGGUGGUUCUGGAAACAGCAAUGGUUUCGGAAGUAGCAGUGGUUUCGGAAGCAGCAACGGUUUUGGAAGCAGCGGUGGUUUUGGAAGCAGUAAUGGUUUCGAAAGUAGCAUUGGUUUCGGAAGCAGCAAUGGUUUUGGAAGCAGCAGUGGUUUCGGAGUCAACGGUGGUCUCGGAGGCAGCAAAGGUUUCGGAAGCAGCAAUGGUUUCGGAAGCAGCAAUGGUUUUGGAAGCAGCAGUGGUUUCGGCAUCAACGGUGAUUUCGGAGGUAGCAAUGGCUUUGAAAGUGGCAAUGGUUUUGGAAGCAGCAGUGGUUUCGGAAGUAGCAUUGGUUUCGGAAGCAGCAAUGGUUUUGGAAGCAGCAGUAGUUUCGGAGUCAAUGGUGGUCUCGGAGGCAGCAAAGGUCUCGGAAGCAGCAAUGGUUUCGGAAGUAUCAUUGGUUUAGGAAGCAGCAAUGGUUUUGGAAGCAGCAAGGGUUUCGGCAUCAACGGUGAUUUCGGAGGUAGCAAAGGCUUUGAAAGUGGCAAUGGUUUUGUAAGCACCAGUGGUUUCGGAGACGGCAAUGGAUUCGGAAAUGCUAUUGAUUUCACAUCAAGCCAUUUAGAAGUAAAUAACGGCGGAUUCAGCAGCGGCAGUGCUAAUGGUAUCGGAAUCGGCAGCUUUUCAGGUAAUGGUCACGUACCAACGCUUCCCCGUCUGUACACAGCACCAUGAUAUGUAAUUUAUACAGAAAAAAAGAUAAGCCAGUGUUGUUGAAUCUUGAAAAUAUAUUUUUGUAAGAGUUUCACGAUCUUAAUAAAUCACAUAAGGCA